AUGUCGGUCUUUGGUGCAUCAGCACAAACCCCAUUGCCUCCUACUAAUGCUAUCCCCACUUCGCAACGUAUUCUCCGAGCACUCCCUACACCAAUCUUGAAGGCCGCGAACAGCUCGUUCAUGAGCGCAACAAGCAGCAGCAUUACCAGCAGUCUACCAAAGACGCCUAGCCGACGGAAGAGAAAGAGCAAUGCAGCCGGCCGUGACCGUGAUGCCUCGGGUGCGAAGGGCAACGGUCGGGCCACGCCCAGUGGAAUGGACGAUAAGGAGAACCAUCGUGGCGGAAAGCCCCCUGACAUGCCCGAGCUGUCCAAGGGCAUGAUUGCCACGGAGGAGAUGGAUCGUAUUCGACCCGAAGGAGCCAGCCCGACAGCGGGUACAUCGCCCAUCGCUGCCGCAACAUCGCAGAGCGGAUCCUCCAGCCAGGCCCCUGGCAUUGGUGGCACUACCAGUAAAGGCCACCACCACAAGACCAGCUCCAACACUAGCACCAAUGCUCACGCUCGUGAGGAAGCUCGCAUCCUGGCUGCUGCUGCAGAUGCUUUGGCGGAUAAGGAGCGGCAGGUGACGUAUGAUACGAGGUUGACUCAUGCUAUAUGGGAGUUGGCCACUACCGGAGCGAACCCGGCGGUUGAUCUCUUGGUCUGCUUGGAACGCAGACAUACCAUCGGCUUCCGCUAUGUUGAUAUAACCAGGCCGGUUAUUAUUCACCAUGGAUCCCGCGAUACUCGUGUCCCGGUUGAGAAUGUGAAGUGGCUUGGCAAGACAAUGAAGCGUUGUGAGGUGAGAGUCCUCGAAGGCGAGGGCCACGGCCUGAUGGCCAGUGCCACUGUCAUGGGCUCUGUCCUCAUGGACAUGGCUAAGGAUUGGGAGGACUGGAACAGGAUGACUCAAGGGCGGAGAACUGGUGAUCCUGAGAGAAGGAGAGUUGCCGGGGCGAGGUGA